CAAACAGAUGAGAUUAGAAAAUUAGCCAAUGGUAAAGAGAGUACCAAUGAUGGCUACGACAGUAAUUUUCCAUCUUUUCUGAGAACCAGAACUACUGACAACAUCCGAAGGGUUCAUAUUGGUAAUGAUGAGUGGAUACCAGAAAUAGCAUAUAACAGAAUAAAUACCAAAUCAGCAACUGCUCGUCAAUUAGCUGGUAAUAUUCUAAUUGCCGUUUUCGAUGAAGAAAUUCUUCUCACAAGUACCAUUACGGGAAAUGAGAGUAACAAAAAAGGAAAAGGCAACAGAAACUCUGUUAAAAAAUUGGACGAAAAAAAAUCAACGCAUGUGAAAAGUUAUAUGAACAUUUACUAGAAAAGCUUUUUUCAAAGUUUAAGACUACUAAAAAGGUUAAAGGAAAACUAGUUAAAGUCAAUCUUGAGGAUGAGAAAGGACUGUUUAACCAUUAUGCACAAAAAAAAAAUUGCUGACUUAAAAACCGUCAAGGAAGAGUCAACAAGUGGAACCAAAAGAAAGAGGGAUGACCAUAAAGAAAUUACGGCUAAAAGGGUUAAAAACAAUGUUGAAGAGGAUUCCAAUGAAAUUAUUGAUGACAAAUUAAAUGGUGCACCAGUUUCACAAGAAAUCGAUAAAGAUGCACAAGUUCCAGAAGAAAUAGUAGAUAAGGACGAAUUAAAUAAUAAACAGGUUUCACAAGGUGCAGAUAAGGGGACAUUGAAUUUAUCUGAUCAUGAAGAUGAAUUGUUUGAUUGGUCUCCUAAAUCUCAGGAUCAGUCGGAAGAUGCAACACCUGCUGCUAGUUCAGAUGAAGAAUCAUAAAAAUCUUAUAAUUAUUAUUCUGACCUGAUGUACAAAAAGUCUGAUCUUCCGAAGAUUUUAAGAUAUGCUCCUUUAUUUAAUAUAAAACGUUU